UGUCUGCAGAGAUAUAGGCUAUACUGAUGAUGUCUAUACAUCGGUUUAAAUGUGUCACAUCUUAGUAAGACUGGCAAUUGGCUGAUAUUACUUUAAUAUCCUAUUUCCAGUGAUCGGCGUCUAGCCAGCCCGAACCAAACAGAACAAGGGGGAGUCGCAGGAUUAUACCAACUUAAAAGACACAUUUGGGGCAUGGAGGUCAGUGCUAAAAUUAGAGGCUGCUCCUUCCGCUACAGUAGCCAAACUGCGAUGCAUAAAGUCAUGUCAACCAGGGGAUACACUAUCACAAGAGCUGGCAGUAUAGACAUGUUUUCCAUGGGUGACAUUUAAACGCCACACGUUGACUAAAGAGGUUCUGUGCGUAACGCAGAGACAGCGCUGGAUCUACACUGGGCACUGCUGCGCAAAUAAUGAGUAUUUGGUAGUGCUUUUUGGAGACGCCAUAUGUAGGCUACUCUCUUCAGCGCACAGCUUCCAUGAGUGUACAUUUCUGCAAACAUGUCUUUUUUAUCCAUACCAAGUAAAGAGGGCACUUUUAUCACGAUUAAAAACGGCAAAUCAGCCGAGAAGGCAGGGAGCAGGUCCCCCAUGGACAACGAGGAUAAUAAUGAUGAUGAUGAUGAUGAGGAAGACGAUGACAACGAGGACGUCCGCCUCAUCCCGAGAUGCUCCCCGGUGCCCAGAAAGCGAGGCCACUCCAUCCACGAUGAGACUGCUGAGUAUAUGCAGAUCCAAUUGGCGCUGUCUGGCCGAAAGAGAGUGUCAUUCGCCGAUACAACAGGUGGGGAUCUGGUGGAUGUGAAGGAAUUUGCUGCCCUUGAUUCGGACGAGGAAGAGGAUAUUGCAAAGUGGGAGGUAGAGGAGGCAAAGUAUCGGAAGCCAGAGCGAGAACCGACCUAUCAUGUGCAGCCAGAGUUUACCGUGCCCAGCAGCAGUGCCCUGCUGCAGGCUGUGCACUCUAAAAAAGUGGAGGUUGAGCAGAUGUCUCCAGCAGAGAACGAGCCACUUGCCUUCACUGGGGUAAUACGAGUCCUGAACAUCUCCUUCCACAAAGCAGUUUAUAUUAGAUCCACAAUGGACAACUGGGCUACUUACUUUGAUCACCCAGCAGAGUAUGUCCAGGGAUCUCAUGAUGGGUGCACUGAUCAAUUCUCUUUCAAGCUGUCUUUUGCACCCCCUUAUAUCACACACGGCUCUCGCAUUGAGUUUGUUGUCCGCUAUGAGACCUCUGAUGGUGAUUACUGGGCUAAUAACUCCUCUAUGAAUUAUGUGGUAACCCUGCUCCUGUCAUACGAAGAUGAUUUGGCUCAGACAAACGACAUACAAGAAGUAAGAGGUAUCCUGAAACCUCCAAAAGCUUACAGUAUGAAAGAUGAUUUCGAUUCAGAGAAUGAGCAGGAAAAGGACAAAGCAGAAGAAGCAGGGACCUCGAGGUCCGGACCAACAGCUGUCUGCCCAGUCAUCGUACAGCCGGAGAUUGACAUAGAGAUUGCAGUUCACCCAUCUGGUCCCUGUGUCCCACCCAACCACGAGCUUUCAUCUGUUGAUGUAUCCCCAGGUGAACAGUUCCCUUGUAUGUCUUCCGAAACCCCACUUCAAACUAUUUCAUCCUUUGUACUCUGUACCAGCGAAUCGGCCAAGCCAAAUAAGUCACAGCCUUUACCCAUACUCCAGUGUGAAUUAGGCAACCAAACGUCAGAGCAGCCCAUAGACAGUAGUCCCUGUGCCCUGCUGCCUGCUUCAACUCCCUCUCUGCAACAAGAGUCAAGGCCGAGAUCAGACAGCUCCCAGGCUGGCGGAGAGGAAAUCCCUCCCUCCAAUGCCUCAUGCAUGCAGCUUGCUACCACGGAGACAAAUCUGUGGCCAACGACAGGAGAGGACGGAUCGCCCGACAGCCGAGCCAGUCGUCCUUGUCUUGAACUUCCCGCUGAGGGCGUCUCUGCUCCCAGUGUGACUCAGGGCUCCGAGCGAGAGGUUGCAGUGGGAUCGAGUGAACUUGGUGCAGGAUUAUCAGAAGGUUCCACCAGGUCUGCAGCAGAUCCUGAAGGCAGUACGCCUGCACUCUUGUCUCCUGUGGCUGAGAGUCAGGCAUCUCUUGGAGCAGAAGGUGAAGCUCCACCGUCACCUGAACCCACAGAGAACGCGAGCCAAAACGUAGCUCAGUCUGCCUCAGCCUGGGAAGAGAAGGAAGAUGCUCCCCAGAUUCCCCCUGACACGUUAUUAAAGAAUCUACCUUAUACGCUGUCAGAGGUUUGCGAGCUGCAGUCACAGCAUGACACAAACAGGAUUCUGACGCCAUCCAUCAUCUUUCUGAGUGGAGUUGUCUCCCUCUCGAUAGUGUUGCAGGAACCCAGUGCCCUCUUUAUCAUCGGACUACUUUUGGUCCUGCACCGUUUGUGAUUAUGCCACAAAAGUUCAUUCUGAUCUGUUCAUUCUGAAGUGAAGUGCCUCUAAAAUAAGCCAACAAGUUUAACAAUACACAAAUGAGUCUUCUGUUGAAGUUGUGUAUCACUGUGUAAGUUUUUAGAUUAGUUUAUAUUUCCAGGACAUGAAAGGGUACAAUGUUUCCAAGCAAAGUCCAAUGCAAGGAGAAAGUAAUUACACAAAUAUUGGCAAUAUUUUCAUGCAUUCUGUGAAACAAGUGUGCAGUAAUAGAAUAGUAGUCCCCAUUUCUACAACAACAUUGUGAUUACUCUAAUGCUAGAUCACAGUAUAUUGUCAGAGAUAUUUUGUAAGUGGUCCGUAAUUACUUUUUUCUUGUCAUGUGGAGAUAGUGUAUGUGGUGUGUAUAUUCUGAUGUAUUCAAUCAGUCCUAUAAUACACUUGUUUUUUGUUCCAUUGUUGUGAGUGUAGCUAAGGUUGUUGUCUAACCUCACUGCCAUGAGUUUAACUUUUGUGAAUUCUAUGUGUUGUUAUGGCUUUAAGAAAGGACAAAAAACAUUACCUUACUGGGACAUUAAAGAGACUUGUUAUACAAAUGGAAUUGUGUUUACAAAAUGCAAAAGCAAAACUUGUGUUAUGUGAUUUAUUUUUGCCCUAAUGCCUGAAAAAAAAUGACCUGUGGAUGCUGCUUGAGGGACAAACGUGGAAUACCGUCCAGUCAUAUUUACCAUUAGAGAACACCAGCCUCCUCACUAUUGCACACUGCAUUUGGUAACUCUUCCUGUUGAUUCUUGCUGGUAAACCCAUAUUGCUGUUGUUGCACAACAUGAAAUGUUACAGCACUGCUUUGACAACCUCAGACAGACUGAAGCACUGAUUGACAUGUUUGAAGUGAUGAAAGUUUUUGCAGUGUAUUGCCAUUAAACGUGGUUCUAUAUCCUGUACCAA